AUGUCAAUUGAUGUACAUGUAUGCGGACUUACGUUUCUAACAUAUCGACUGCGUAUCGACUCACAUCGAUUAAAGAUAUUGACAAUUUCACAGCAAUCGAUUAGACUAUUUCAAAUCAAAUUUUUUCAAAAAUUUUUUCAAAAAAUCUCCAAGUACUUUUUCUUGCUUGAUGCAUUUCGUUUACAGCUUUAAUUGCGCACAAUAAUUAAUUUAUAUGUGUAUAACGUAAUAAUAUCUUUACAUAAUGUACGAAAUAAAAAUAUAUGCAUAAAAAAUUUACAAAAUGCAGAUUACCUUUUCUUUUAUGUAUUUUAUUUCUUAUACGUUUUAUUUAUUGUACAUUUAUUGUUUUUUUUUAUUUAUCAUAUAUUAUUUUAUGUUGUAUAAAAUUUCUACUUUUUUAAACAACAGAUACAUACUGCUCUAUAUAAAAACAAAAGCAAUUCUUAUUACGAACUUUUAUCCUACCUGCCAAAUUACAUGACAUUUCGACCAAUUAACAGAAAAAAUUUAUAGUAAUUAAUUACAUUGAUUAACACUGAAUAUGUAACAGUUUUUAAUCGCAACGUUAAUUAACACGUUAAUAUUACAAGACACCUAAUAUAAAAAUGUGACAAAUCAUUUUUUAAAAUUUUAAUCAGAGUAACGCCUAUUAAUAGAAGAAAAUAAAUUGUUAAAUAGGUUAUUAUUUAUAAUGUAUUUGUUUUAUUAUUAAAACCUUUUUUUUAUAUGCUUUUCAUAUAUGUAUGCAUGUGUAUGUCACGCACGCGCGCGCGUAAUAUGUACAAUGUGUUAUGUUACAUAUUAUAUAUAAUAAUAUAUAAUACAUAAUUAAUAUUUAAUAUUUUUUACUUAAUGCACAAAGGAGAACAUGAGUCAACGACCUCAGUUAACAAAAACUGAACAACUUCGUCAGGCCAAAACUGCCGCACGUAUGAGAGAUAUUGAAUUAAAGGAGGAUGCAGCAACGAGACAUCAAAAAGAUCCAUUCAGACCUCGUAGGAGGAUGAUUAGGCCUGAGCCAAAAAAAGUGGACUUCACUAAGCCAGGGAUGACUAAAGCAAUGCUAGCUAGAGUAAAACAAGCUGAAAAGUUUAAACAAGAAUAUGAACGUAAGCAAGAAUCAGUUACAUCAAUUCGUAGAAGGACACCUGCACCGAUAGGAGGUGAUGCCAGGUCAUUGGGUAGGGAAAGAGCACCAGCUAGAAAAGCUCCACGCGUAGCUCCAGCUACAACUCCUUUGCGAGAAGUUUCACCAUCCAGAAGAGAAUUUGAAGCUGGACCCAGUCGUGAAGGAAUAGUCAGUAAUAUCGUAAUACCUCCUGGUAUAGUGAAUGAAGAUCGUACCACUAUUGUCAGUGUAUCGCAACCACCUAUAGAUCCUGAAUCAAAAAUAAUAUCGGAAGCGGCUAAUCGUUCGAUUCAAGUGAUCAGUGAAACUCUUGAUGAACAAGAUGCUGCUGAAUCUGCAGCGGUGCAAAAUAAACUAACAGAAUUGCAGAAUGCUAGAAGAGAUUUCAUUAUCGCGGUUGCAAACGUUGGUGGAAAUGCUGUUCAACUUGAAGAUGAAACUCGUCCCACCAUUGCCUUUGAGCCUCCUCCUGUAUCCCCUUUCUAUCAACCACAAAGAAGAUUUAUACGACUUCCUGAGAUAGAAGAACCUGAAUACACUUUAGAUCACCCAGAUGUUGUCGCAGCUCGCAAGCAUAUGAAAAAAUUAAAAGCCGAUAUGGAAGCAAGAGAAGCAGCUAGAAGAAUGAAAGAAGAAUUUGAAAAAAUAGCAGCAUCAGAACGUUUAACAGAUGAGUUGGAUUUGGAUACUCCUUUUGAAGAACAAUUGUACCAAGAAAGAGACAUCUCUUGGGAAGAAGAUGAGAGUGGCUUGGUUAUGCCUCAACCAUCUAGAAUAAAAGCUCAAACUUUUCCUGUUCCUAAACGACAAAUACCUUACCAAUAUGAACCAUUUGAGCCAGAAGAAUUAGAAAAAUUUUUCGAUGUUCAAACUUAUCCACCUUGCCCACAAUGCGGACCUCCACCAGGUAGAGAACAUUUACAUCCUGACUUGUGGGAAUUGGAAGAUCCAUGGUACAAACCACCCCCAGAACCUGAUGUACCAGAUCUAAUAGAGUUUGAAGAAUCAGAUCUAAUACUUUGCGUUUCAUCCCGAAGUCAUUCCAAUCACACAACAAUGAGUGGAGUUGAUGACGACAGUAACUCCCUCCUGUCCAGACGUUUAGCUGAGGAACUUAAAAGCACAGAAGAGCGCAUCCCUUAUCGCAGAGUGUAUCCGCAACCAUACUGUUUAAAUCUGAGAUCUGUCGGUGAAUUGCAGCUGUUAUAA